CAUGAAAAUGUUCCUGUAUUUAGCUAUCAUUGUACAGAUUGUGGCACUAACUUUUGCGAUGACGCCUAAUCCACAACCUUGUAUAAUUUGUGGCGGUUCCGUGACAAGAUUAUGGUCAUUUCAAAGUCAUGUGGGAGAUCACUACCUAAGAAUAUAUGAUACAAAUAAUGCGAAUAAUUCCAACAUCACCGAUGAAAUGGGGGUUGAUUUUGGUGGCCUAGUCGAUGGUACAAAUACCAGUGUUGAUACAUUGGUUCAAUUCAAGGACGUUUCUAGCGGAUUUCCAGACUUUGAAACAAGGAUGAUAUUAGUUUUGUAUCACAACAACGUGAAGUAUCAUCUUAAAGCUCGUGACGUCGAUGAAGAGUUGAUUGCAGUGACUGAAGACGUGGCAGCUAAUCUUACGGACAAAAGUGAUGUUUUUGCACCUGUGAAACUGAGCUUUGAGCAUCAUCUCUUCUAUGUAUUCGAGUCAGUCUUGUACCGUGACCAUUAUCUAGCAUCGACUGGAGAAGCUAAAACAAAACUUGUCAAUGUUCACAGUGAACCAUUCAGAGAUUCCGAGACGUUGAUUAAGAUCAUCGAUCCAGGUCAAGCGAUUGCAGGUGCUGCUUUUGGAGAAAAUUCCAAUUCGGGAAGAAGAAAGCGUGCCGUGGUUAGACGAAGAUCUAUGAGGAAAGAGAUUGUUGAGUUAUUCCCCGGUAGAGCAUACGGCAAGAAAGAAGUAGCUCCACCACGAGUUACGACGGAAGGAUCUAGGAGUGCUAUCAGAGCUAGGGUGAAGAUCCCUUUUCUCACGACGUUCACUUUGUGUUUUUGGAUAAGAACUAAAGAUGACUUUGCCCAGAUUAUCGCCUUGAUAUACCACGACAGUAAAAAGGCAAGAAUUGAUGUUUCAAUUGAAAACGGUAAUUUGGUCCUGAGCUUCGAGGAUAGGCGAAGGAUAGUACAAAAGUGCACAAUUAACGAUGGUAACUGGCACCAUGUCUGUGUUUCUCUUCAAAACACUUCAAAAAUGCAUAUCUAUCUCGAUGGCAAAAAAGUGCAUCAAUCAUUUUUUCGAUUUUCGGCGCAAAAGUCCAGGACAGAGCAAAAGUAUGCUUAUGUUUAUCUUGGAAGGCGUCCAGGUACCAAAAGAAGUCUUUCAUUAAGGGGUGAUUUAACACAAGUGAACAUUUGGGAUAACUUCCCCACCUUUCGCAUUCCACGCAUAUCAACGAACUCGGCUUGUGGUGGUGGGAAUGUCGUUGAAUGGAAAGACUUUCUUAACGCAAUAUCACUCAGAGAUGUCCAAUUAUACUCAUGUGAUGACUGUCCACAACGCGUCGGCUUCAAGUUCGAUAAGAAAGAGCAAAAUAACCUAGUGUGAUGAAGUAAAAUUAUUACACUAAUAGUUAUAGAUCAUACCCAUUGUCCCAUUAAUUCUUACCCAAUAUUGACCUUCCUUCCAUGUCAACAAAUUUAGUAUCAAAGAAUAUUGGGGUGAAGGAAUUCGCAAUAUAUA